AUGCUGGUUUUGGGAAUUCUAGCUGAAAUCCGCAUUCCUCUCUUCGGCGGUUCAAUCACAAUUCGCAACAAUUCUAAUGGAAGUUAUACUGUUGAAACUGAAAAAAAAUCUCCGACAAAAGCUGAAAAGUAUGCAAGCUUCACUCUUCGAAAUGGUACUGUAGAAAAUUUCGAAUUUUUGACCAAUUCCACGUCGCCUGAAUCAAAUGAACCAACAACUGAAGCACCGGAAAAGAAGGAAUCAAUGAGGAAACGUCCAUCACAACAGAGACCGAAAUCUGAUGUUCUGAAUGCGUUACUUUCAAUGUUUGGCAGAUUUUGA